UCUCCUUUUAAAAAGUGUAGCAAUAUUCCCUCUCCUCCGGUCACCGGAAUCGUCGCCGGAAUCUUCUCCGGUCACUCUGUUACACAAUAAUCUUCAUCAGUUGAAUACUUAACAUCAAAUACAGUUUUCUAGAAGGAAAAACACGUGUUUAGUCUUCCUUUUAGCUUUUGUUUAAUCAUUGAUUCAACUUCACCAUCUUUCUAUUAAAUUUUCUAUUAUUAAUGCAUCGUACAACGCAAUAACUGACUCUCUCUCUCUCUCUCUAGAAACAUUAACCCUAGAUUGAUGUUAUUUCUUCUGAAUCUUCAUUUAGUUGACUAACGAGUGAAGUGAACGCUGCUUCAGUCUCAGGGUUUUAACCUUGAAUGGAUGCAUAUGGUAAAAGCUUAAAAACAGGGGAGAUAAGUAUGGCCGAGAACAGAAAAGGUGAAGUGGUUGUAACAAUUUCCGGCGAAGAGAAAGAUGUGAAAAACGCUAGAGGUGUUGUCGAGUCACCUCAUAGAAAAUCUGUCGAUUUGCAUCCGGAAAAUACAGUUUUCAUGCCAAGCCCUAACAGGCCUCCAAAAAUCCCCAAUCCGGAAACGUUAACCAGGCGUAAAACGUUAGCCCGAUCGAUUUACUCCAAACCGAAAUCCAGAUUCGGUGAACAGCCUUUGAUCGAUCACGACAUGUUCGAUGAAACGGUUGAACCAGUUGGACAAACCUCAAGCUCACCUGCAAGAAUCGCAUCGAAUCGUGCAUCGCCUAAUGGUAAAGAGACAACGAGAACUAUUUCGAUAACUCCGAAAACUCCGUUAAUGGCGUCACCGGGCGGUGCAGGAGGUGCUGAUGUGGACGAAGACGAAGAGAUUUACAAAAAGGUGAACAUACGAAAGAAGCUAAAGUAUAAGAAAGUGAAGAUGAAAGUUCUGUUUGAAUGGCUAGUGUUUCUCUUGCUUUUGGGUAGUCUAGUUUGUAGCUUGACGAUCGACGAGUUAAAGCGUUACGAAAUCUGGAGCUUGAAGUUAUACAAAUGGCUUGUGCUCUUAAUGGUGAUCAUUUGUGGUAUGCUAGUCACCAAUUGGCUUAUGCAUUUUAUCGUGUUGUUGAUAGAACUGAAUUUCUUGUUGAGAAAAAAGGUGUUGUAUUUCGUUCACGGGUUAAAAAAGAGCGUUCAAGUAUGCAUUUGGUUGAUCGUUGUUCUUAUUACUUGGACAACAUUGUUUACUACCCAAGAACAAGUCGAUAAACGAUCGAAAACCGCAGCUCGCGCAUUAGAUUACGUCACGUGGACUAUCGUUUCCUUAUUGGUCGGUGCCAUAUUAUGGCUUUUAAAAUCUUUGCUUCUUAAAAUCUUGGCGACGUCAUUCCACGUCAGCAAUUUCUUCGAUAGAAUUCAAGAAUCGUUCUUUCUUCAGUAUGUUCUUCUAACCCUUUCGGGCCCACCGCUUAUGGAAUCUCUACAAAUGCCUGCGGCAAGUAAAAGCCGUUUGAGUUUUCAGGUGAAGAGAAAGGGGAAAGAUGCGAAAACGAAAGAUGUAAUUGACGUAAGUAAACUUCAUCAAAUCAAACGAGAAAAAGUGUCGGCUUGGACUAUGAAAAUGUUGGUUGAUGUGAUAUCGACAUCGGGGCUUUCGACGUUUUCCGGCGAACUUGAAGAAAGCGCGUAUGAUAGACCGCCGGAAUCGGCCGAUAAGGAGAUUACUAGUGAAAUGGAAGCGAUUGCUGCUGCUUAUCAUAUAUUUAGAAAUGUUGCACAGCCUGGUUUUACAUACAUUGAAGAUUUGGAUCUAAGGAGAUUCAUGAUCAAGGAAGAGGUAGAUGUUGUGUUUCCGAUGAUCGACGUGGCUGAUAAAGGUCAAAUUGACCGAAAAACAUUAACGGAAUGGGUGGUAAAAGUUUUCAAUGGUCGUAAAGCUUUAGCACACGCGUUAAGUGACACCAAGACAGCAGUAAAACAACUGGACAAGCUUGUUACAGCCGUGUUGAUUGUUAUAGUCUUAGUCGUGUGGCUUCUUUUGACUGAAAUCGCUACCACCAAAGUACUCGUCUUACUCUCGUCACAGCUUGUUGUGGCUGCUUUUAUAUUUGGAAACACUUGCAAGACGAUUUUCGAAGCUAUUGUGUUUGUUUUCAUCAUGCAUCCGUUUGAUGUUGGUGAUCGUUGCGUCAUCGACGGGGUUCAGCUGAUAGUUGAAGAGAUGAAUAUCUUAACGACGGUUUUCUUGAAAUUUGAUAACGAGAAGAUAUAUUAUCCCAAUUCGGUUUUGUCGACAAAGCCGAUCAGUAAUUUCUAUAGAAGCCCGGACAUGGGAGAUAACGUGCAUUUCUCUAUCGAUUUCGCAACACCACUUGAGAAGAUCGGGCUAUUGAAAGACAAGAUUAAAAAAUAUUUGGAGAAGAAUCCCCAACUAUGGCACCCGAAUCACAGCGUUGUUGUGAAGGAGAUUGAAAAUGUAAACAAGAUAAACAUGGCCCUUUUUUUCAAUCAUACGAUGAAUUUUCAAGAUUUCCCUGAAAAGAAUAAGCGAAGAAGUGAACUAGUUUUAGAACUGAAGAAAUUGUUCGAAGAGUUGAAGAUCAAAUGUGUUCUCCUUCCUCAAGACGUUCAUGUGCAUCAUCCCGAAACAACAACUGCGCCUGCCAAAUAAUCGCACAAGUUAUAAGGAUCUCCUGCACACAACAUGAGGCAGCCCUAUAUGUAUUUUAAGGAUUAUAUAAGUUUUCAAGGGAGGUUGGUAAUGGUUUGAAUGUUGUGUUUUGUUUGUGGAGAUAACUUAGAAGAGAGAAGCUUCCGUCUAUGCUAUCGAAGACUUGUAGUCACACGGGUUACCUGUUCUCGUGAUUGAUCUUAUGCAAGGAUGGUUUCUUUUUCUGUUAUAUGCUGCGUUGGCUGUGUUUUCGAUUUUGUAAAGUAUUUUAUGGUAUGUUGAUUAUUGCAACUCAUGUGUUCUUUGUGGCUGCUGGUUAUGUAUGCGGGUUAGAUUACAGUCUAUUUGUAAAAGAAUCCUGUUAAUUGGGUCACAAAUCACAUGAUUACAGUCUAUUUGUGGCUGCU